AUGGAUCUCUCAAAGCCUGUUGACGCGCAUUUCACCAAGGCUCUCCCGAAGGUCGAGCUACAUGCACACCUCAGUGGAAGUAUCAGCCGCCAGUGUCUCCAUGAAAUAUGGCUCGAGAAGAAAUCCCACAAUCCGGCUUUGGACGUAGAAGAUCCGUUGGUGGUGAUGCCGCCUGGGAAGGUUGACUUUUCGCUCAACACAUUCUUCCAAGUCUUCUCCCAGUCAAUCUACCACCUCGUCAACGACCUUGAAAGCAUCGCCUACGCCACAACCUCAGUGCUACAAUCCUUCCUCGACGACGGCGUUUGCUACCUCGAGCUCCGCACAAUCCCUCGCGCACCACUAGGCACCUCCUUCACGCGCGACCAAUACCUCUCCACCAUCCUCGACACAAUCACCAACUUCAAAUUCCAGCACCCGGGCAAAAUCUCAAUCUACCUCAUCCUCGCCAUCGACCGCGGCCUGCUCACAAACGGCGACCCAACGCACGCCCACGAAAUCGUCAACCUAGCAAUCGCCAACCGCGCGCGCGGCGUUAUCGGCGUCGACGUCUGCGGGAACCCGACAAAAGGCGACGUCUCGCUUUGUCAGGGUGCAUUCGCCAAAGCUAAAGCGCAUGGCUUGGGCAUCACGGUGCAUUUUGCUGAGAUCCACUCUGAGGGACUGCGCGAGGAGUUGCAGACGCUUCUCUCAUUCGAUCCGGACCGUCUCGGCCAUGUGAUUCAUGUGCCUGAUGACAUCAAGAAAGAGAUUGCGCGCAGGCAGCUGGGGUUGGAGCUGUGCAUGUCGUGUAACGUGCAUGCGAAGAUGUUUGAUGGAGGGUUUUUGGACCACCAUUUUGGUUACUGGAGGCAUGAGGAAUGUCCUAUUGCCCUUUGCACCGAUGACGUCGGCUUCUUCUGCAGUGUGGUGUCGAAUGAGUAUCUUUUGGCCGCAGAGCACUUUCAGUUGAACCGGGCGGACAUCCUCAGCAUCUCUCGCAAAGCCAUUGAUGCGAUUUUUGGGGGCGAAGACGAAAAACAGCGACUACGGAUGCUUCUAGAUGAUUUUCAAUCGGGAUAUGUUCAAUAA